AUGUUAGAUGGAGAAUGGGUAGUGGGUAUACAAGAAAUCUUUUAUCCAGUUGAUGUUAAGCCGUCUAAACGUAAACUAACAAUUCAACUUCUUACCCAUGGUUUAAAUGAUAAGUUGUCUAAAGAAGUUGAACUUGAUUCUAACGAUGAUUUGAAUACUAUUAUUUCUAACAUAAAUAAGGCUUUUAUGAAUCUAUUUUUAUCUGUUGUUGAUCAAGGUGAAGGCAAUGAAAACAAGGUUAAAAGAUCAACUAAUGAUCAGACCAUCAGUCCUGACUUAUCAGAUCUAACUCUAGAAAAAAUUAAUCAAUUACCUCAAGAAGAUCGUGAAAGAUUAUUACAGAGAGUAAAAAACACUACUCAGACUAUUCUUGAAAAUUUGAAACAAGAAAUGUAUAAGUAUAAAACAGAAUCGACUGAUAAACAAGAUAAGAUAAAUAAGUUAGAUUCUUCAUUGCGACAAUAUGUAGAUGAAUUAGAUAAUCUGAAAAAAGAAAUCAAGAAAAAGCAGAUGAAAGAUAAAGAUCUAAUCAAGGAUGCAAAACAGAAUAAACAAAUAAUAGAAGAAAAAAAUAUGCAUAUCAAAAAACUAGAAGAACAAGUUACUGACAUUCAUAAGAAAAACGAAGAGAAUAAAAACAUGUUAAAAGCAGUUAAAGUGGAAAAUCAACAGUUAGAUGCUAAGAUAAAUGAGAAAAGUAAAGAACUAUACAAACUCAAUGAAGAAUACAGAGCAAGUAAUAAAUUGCUAUCUGAAAAAUUAGAAAAACUAUUAUUAGAAAAGUCGUCUAUACAAAAAGAUUUAGAAGGAAAAGUCAAAAAUAAUUACGAAUCAAGUGACAUUCUCAAUUCAAAAAUAAAUAAUUUAAAUGAACAAAUAGUUAAACUAACAGAAGAGAAACAGAAAACUGAAUCAGCUUACAAAAGUCAGAAAAGUGAAACAAACACACAAAUCAGUGAACUCACUAUGAAAUAUAAUACAUGUAAGCAAAAUGAAAAUAGUCUAGAGUCCUCACUAAAAAUCAAAGAAGAAAAUGGACUAAAUCAAAUUCAUAAGUCACAACAAGAAAUAAAUAUCCUCAAAAGUGAAAAAACGCAGCUCAAAAAUCAAAUUCAGACAAUGAAUUAUGAACAAGAGGCUCUUAAAAUUGAAAUUCAGAGGUUACAAGGAAGAGAACUAGAUUUUUUAUCUCAAAUACAAAAUCAAAAAGAGAGGAGUGCCCGUUUACAACAAGAAACUGAAAAGUCACUUAAAGAGCUUGAAGUAGAAAGACAAAAACUACAAAAUCAAGAAAAUCUACUAUUGAAAAGACUUUCUGAACUUGGAAUAAUGAUUAAAGAUAAGAAAGGCGAACCUAAGAUUGGAAUAGACACAAAAAUGACAGUUCCUGGAUUAACUCAUCAUAAUGGCAAAAUUAUUGUAUUUCCGGGCCGUCACAAAGAACAUAUUUUCACACCAUACUUUUCUGAUGUUAAUUUCAUUUCAGCAUUAGGAUUUGAUGCAAAUAGCUAUUUAACCAUGAUUGAAGCCUUCAAUGGAGGACAAAAGGCUUUUACUUCACCAAAAAAUUGCAAUUUGAAUUUUAGAUCACAUUUAAUGUUUAUUCAUUCAGAUAUAGUUGAUGAACAUUUUGUUGGAAAUAAAUCUGCUAGAGUAAUGAGAGUUGUUCCUAUAAAAUAUGGUAUACAAUCUGAAAUGGUUCAUGAAAAGUUUUGA